UACGGGGACGCGCCCUUGCAUCGAUUGCUUUGUUUGCAUCUUCAUUUCUGCCGCAUCAAUACCGCGCACCGCAGCGUCACGUGAGGCGGCUUCAGUUUCGCGAUGGCCUCCAAGGCUCCCAAAGCCCCGUACACGCCCAUCCCCAAGGGCGAGGCGCUGACCAUUGUGCUCGCCGCCUAUGUCCCCGCCCUGCUCCUCUGCCUCUAUGGGCGUCUCCCGGAAUCAGUCGCGAGCUUCUAUGCCGCGCAUCCCGUCGAGCUGAUUGCGGGCACCUUCUAUCUACCCAUGCUGGGCAUAAUGUACCUGCACCCCCGCUCGCCCCUGCGCUUGGCCAUCAUUCCAAUCGUUGCUCUGGGCUACUUCGCCUACCGCACCGCCGUCCCGCGCUUCAUCGCGAACAGGUCCCGUGCUAGUUUUCCCGAAGGCCCGUUCUACCUGCUGUUUCUCACGGCCGUCGACGCGCUCGUGCUGCGCCGCAUCUAUCUCGGCCAGGAUGGCAAGGAAAAGUCUGAGCGUCUCGUAUCUCGGGAAUCAACCAAGACCAAAGCGAAUGCGCAAGACACAAGCGGCAUCCUGUCUUGGAGAGCACUUGGAUGGGCGCACAAAGUUGUCUUCAGUUACCGCGCCAUUGGCUUGCCGAAGCAAACGCCAAAUAUUCCCAAGUGGUCCAACAAGGACCCCAGCUACGUGCCUUCCAGGACUGCAUUCCUCGUGAGGCGAGGUCUUGCUGUCGUGGGCGCAUUUCUAGUGAUUGAUUUCCUCAGCCAGCAACCCAAGCCUGAUCCUGAGGACUUUUCAGCAGAAAAGGCCUUGCUUUUCCCGCCAGCACAUACUCUCAAUGGCGCGACCAUUGGCACGCGCAUCUUCAGCACAGUGCUCUGGUGGACUAUCCUGCGCCUCAACAUUGGGUUGUUCUACAACCUCUUCAGCUGGUUCGGCGUGGCGACGUUCCUGACCAAGCCCGCGGACUGGCCACCAUACUUCGGUAGCGUGUUCGAUUCGUACAAUCUGCGCAGAUUUUGGUCGGUGUUCUGGCACACUGGUCUGCGAAACCCGCUCAGCAGCACCGCCAAUUUCUUCGCCUACGAUGUCCUUCGCCUGCCGAAGGGAUCCCUGUUCGGCCGCUACACCAGCGCUUACCUGACGUUCGCGCUAUCCGGCUUUGUCCACACACUGAUGGAUAACACAGCGGGCAUCCCGCUCGCGAGGAACACGGCGUGGAAGCUGUUUGUGACGCAGGCCGUUGGUAUCACCAUUGAAGACUUCGUCGAAAGCACCUACCACAGAGUCGCCGGGCCGAGCAACAGCAAGUCCACCGCUUUGUGGAAGAAGGCUAUUGGCUUUGUUUGGGUUCUGGCCUGGAUGUCGUGGACGACUCCGUCGUGGAGCUACCAAAACAUGACCCACGACGGCGAGCCACUGUAUCCCUUCAGUGCAUUCGCGAGCUUCAAGGCUCUCACGGCAAAGGCAAGUUAGGCGGGCGGUGUGACGAGCUUCAAGGCCGCGUACGGAGAAUGUAUGUGGUAGAAGGUAAGAUAGAACGUGAGGAACUGUAUUAGACUGUACAUGCACUGGAAACAUCACAAUUUGUGCGAGCGUUCGGAUGAUCAGGCAGAACGGAAGCAUUUGGAUGGAAGACUAAAGCGGGGUAGCUCCGGGGA